GUUUCGUUCGGCGGCCAUUAUUCUACGAUCUACGUAUAAUUAUUAGUUUUUGCUAUUUAGUGCUUAUCGAAACAAAGAAUCACAAUAUUUUUGGAUAAUUCCUGUAAAAUUAUAGCUUUGGAUAUAAUACAAUUAUAGUACAAAAUGAAUCCAGAGUAUGACUAUUUGUUUAAACUUCUGCUGAUUGGUGAUUCUGGUGUGGGCAAGUCAUGUUUAUUGCUCAGGUUCGCAGAUGACACUUACACAGAGAGUUACAUCAGUACCAUUGGUGUGGACUUCAAAAUUAGGACUGUAGAAUUAGACGGCAAGACAAUAAAGUUACAGAUAUGGGACACAGCUGGCCAGGAGAGGUUUAGAACAAUCACAUCCUCAUACUACAGAGGAGCACAUGGAAUUAUAAUAGUUUACGACUGCACAGAUCAGGAUUCCUUCAGCAAUGUCAAGCAGUGGUUGGAGGAGAUUGAUCGCUAUGCGUGUGAUAAUGUCAACAAACUGCUGGUCGGGAACAAAUGUGACUUGACAACCAAGAAAGUUGUAGACUACACCACAGCCAAUCAAUACGCCGAACAACUAGGCAUACCGUUCCUGGAGACUUCCGCUAAGAACUCCACGAACGUAGAGCAGGCGUUCAUGACGAUGGCGGCGGAGAUCAAGGCACGCGUGGGGCCUCCCACGGGGGGCGCCGCGCCCGCCGGGGCCUCCGUCAAGAUCGAACAGGGCCGCCCCAUCGACACCGGCAAGUCCUCCUGCUGCUGAACAAGUCGCCCACGGCGGGCGGCAUCACGCAGGGGAGGCGCGGGGCGCCGCAGGGCCGGCCGCCACGACCCACAUUUAAAAAUAAAAUGCAAUUACAACACAAUAUUUCACCAACGC